AUGGCCCUAGUCUCCGCUUCCGAAGUCUUCUGGGUACCCGACAACAACUUUGUCGGCGUCGCGGGGGCGCACCGAAUCCUGGGACAGAUCAAGCCGCAGACGCGCCGGCUAGUCGCGCCCCUAACAGCACUAGGGACGGACGGCGCGCUCGCGCUCUUCCGCGGCCUGCCUGCCUUGCGGCAGCGGUACUCUGCCGACCCCGACGGCCCGCUGUGGGGCAUCACCGAGUUCAACCUAGUGCGCAACUCUAUCGGCGACGCGGGGCUGCUCGCGGCGCUCAAGUACGCCGGCAAGGACAGCGCGGUGCGCACGCUCCUGCUGCAUGGGAACGAGAUUGCUCUGGCCGGCGAGGGCGUCGCGCAGACGGCCGCGCUGCUGCUCAACAAGUCGCGCCUGGCGCAGCUCGGGCUGACUGACCUGCCGCUGGACCCUGCGGCCGUCAGCAGCCUGUUCGGCGCGCUCAACGCGCAACACCUCCACACGCUGCACCUGUCCACGUGUGAUAUCCCCUCUGGCUGCGCGGCUGCCAUUGCGGACUAUGUGCGCUCGCCGCGCUCGCGAGGGCUGAAAGUCCUCGAGCUGAACGAGAACCGGCUCGGCCGGCGCGGUGUGUCGCUCAUUCUCGACGCGGUGGAGGCGGCAAACUUCUCCCUCCUGCACAUCGGGCUCAUGUUCAAUGACCGCCGGCGCCGGCGGAGGCGACCACGGCGUUUCCCCGCCUCGCCGACGGACAGCAGCGACGAGUCCGACUCUGACGACCACCUCGACAACUCGUCCCUCGCGCACCAGCUCGACAAGCGUGUGCCCGCGCUCCAGUUCAGGAACGAGGCGCUCACUGCGCGCGUGCGGCGGGCGGCCUCGCGCGCCAUUGCGCCCGCCCGCAUCAUCCUGUGUGCGCGGUCGCCGACGGCGACGGAGACGGCCGCGAGGGUCAUGCACGAGGCGUCCAGGGACACGAGCCCUGUGGUCCCCUUUGCGCUGCUCGACCUGCCGGCCGAAGUGCAGGUGCUCAUUGCGCGCCACUGCUCGCGCGACGCGGCAGCGCUCAGCGAGGCCCAGUGGACGCGCCUGCGGCUCCUCGCUGCUGAUCCUGGCGACCUGCGCAACGCGGCGAGGAAGAUGCGCGCCGCGUGUGCCGACGUGCAGCUUGGUAAAGCUACGCGAGCGCAGCGCAGGGAGAGGCUCAGGGAGGUGCGCGACGAGUGGCUGGUCACCGGAGGGUGGGAGUGCUGGGAGCUGAAUCGGCCGCAGGCGUAG